AUGAAUGAGGACGUGUUUUCUUCAAACAUGGUCUUGGUUACCGGUGCUUCUGGUUAUAUUGCAUUACACUGUGUAGAACAACUGCUACAGGCUGGUUAUUCAGUUCGUGGAACCGUUCGAAGUCUUCACAACAAAGCCAAGGUGAAUCCAUUAAGAGAUUUAGAAUACGGUUCUGAAAGGCUCGAAUUAGUGGAAGCCGACUUAGAAUGUCCAGAGCACUGGCCAAGUGUUUGUGAUGGUUGCGACUAUAUUCUUCACGUUGCUUCACCUUGGCCAAUUGUGGCCGAUGAAAAAGUAAUUGGUGUGGCUGUUAACGGUACCAUAAACGUUUUGAAGGCUGCAGCCACUUACAGAAGAAUCAAGAAAAUUGUGCUCACUAGUAGUUGUUCUGCAGUUAACGAUGGUUACAGAAAUGAUGCACGAGUUUUUGACGAAAAAUGCUGGUCAGAUUUGACCAGUGAAAGAAUCGAAAAUUAUGGCCGGUCUAAAACUCUUGCAGAAAAAGCUGCGUGGGAAUUUUGGUCAAAACUAGAUGAAUCAAAUCGAUUUCAAUUAACGGUUUUGAAUCCGACGUUUGUUGUUGGUCCUGUUCUUUCCGAUCAGGGACAUGGAAGUGCGACGAUUAUUUCGCGGAUGAUGAGUUACAAGACAUACUUAGCAGCUCCAAAAGUUUCACUUGGUAUGGUUGAUGUUCGAGAUGUAGCUACAGCACAUAUACGAGCAAUGACUACGCCAGAGACAAAUGGGGAGCGUAUUUUGAUAACCAGCACACCGUCAGUAUGUAUAACGCCUGUUGUUGCUCCUAAUUGGAUGUUUCGUCUGUAUAUAAAGACGAAACUAGAUCCGCAAGCUGAAGCGAUCAAACAUCGAUUGGGGCCAGAAAUUAUUUUUGAUAAUUCAUUGUCGGUGAAAUUGCUGAAAAUGAGAUAUAGAGAACCGAGGAAGUCAAUAAUCGAAAUGGUUUACAGUAUGAUUGAUCAUGGAAUGAUUAAAAAGUCUUCCAAACUCCGCUCAAAACCUUCUAAACGCAAGAAUAAUAAAUGUGUGGUUGCCUGA